AUGGUCUACAUACAAAUCUGGCAGUUUGGGGAGUGGGUGGACGUUGUAGUGGACGAUCUUCUCCCGACAAAGGAUGGGAAGCUGGCUUUUGUACACUCGGCACAAGGCAAUGAGUUCUGGAGUGCCCUACUCGAGAAAGCUUAUGCCAAGGUGAAUGGCUGCUAUGAAGCUCUGUCUGGAGGAAGCACCUCGGAGGGCUUUGAAGACUUCACUGGAGGGGUCACUGAAUGGUACGAGCUUCGGAAACCCCCCAGUGACCUUUACCAAAUUAUUUUGAAAGCUCUGGAAAGGGGAUCUCUGCUUGGCUGCUCCAUUGAUAUUACCAGUGCUUUGGACAUGGAGGCUGUAACAUUUAAAAAGCUGGUGAAGGGUCAUGCCUAUUCGGUCACAGGAGCCAAACAGAUUAACUACCGAGGACAGAGUGUUAAUCUAAUUCGAAUGCGAAACCCAUGGGGAGAGGUGGAAUGGACUGGAGCCUGGAGUGAUAACUCUUCUGAGUGGAACGUGGUGGACCCAUCUGUGGGACAGCAGCUAAGGAUUAAAAUGGAAGAUGGGGAAUUCUGGAUGUCCUUCCAAGAUUUUUUGAGAGAGUUCACACGGCUGGAGAUCUGUAACCUUACUCCAGAUGCACUGAAAGCACGCACCUUCCGCAAGUGGAACACAACACUCUAUGAUGGCACCUGGAGACGGGGGAGCACAGCUGGAGGCUGCAGGAAUUUUCCAGCUACAUUCUGGAUAAACCCUCAGUUUAAAAUCCGACUGGAAGAGGUGGAUGAUAAUGAUGAUGACUACAGCAGAGAAUCGGGCUGCAGCUUUCUCCUGGCACUCAUGCAGAAGCACCGUCGCAGGGAAAGGCAAUAUGGGAAGGACAUGGAGACCAUUGGCUUUGCUGUCUAUGAGGUUCCUCGUGAGUUUGUAGGCCAGUCUGCAGUUCACCUGAAACGAGAUUUCUUCCUGGCGAAUGCCUCACGAGCCCGCUCGGAGCAGUUCAUAAACCUUCGUGAAGUCAGCACACGCUUCAAGUUGCCUCCAGGGGAGUAUAUUGUUGUGCCUUCCACCUUCGAACCUAACAAGGAAGGAGAUUUUGUCCUGAGGGUCUUCUCGGAGAAAAAAGCUGGAACUGAGGAGAUGGAUGAUCAGAUCCAGGCUAAUCUUCCAGAUGAGAAAGUGCUUUCUGAAAGUGAGAUUGAUGACAGUUUCAAGCAACUUUUCAAGCAGCUCGCUGGAGCGGAUAUGGAAAUCAGUGUCUCAGAACUGCAGACUAUCCUCAACAAAAUCAUAAGUAAACAUAAAGACCUCCGGACUAAAGGGUUCAGUACUGAGUCAUGCCGAAGUAUGGUGAACCUCAUGGAUAGAGAUGGAAAUGGGAAAUUAGGACUGGUGGAAUUCAACAUCCUCUGGAACAAAAUUAGGAGUUACCUGGUUGUCUUUAGGAAGUUUGAUUUAGACAAGUCUGGAUGCAUGAGUGCCUAUGAAAUGCGAAUGGCGCUGGAGUCUGCAGGCUUUAAACUGAACAAGAAACUGUAUGAAUUGAUCAUCACCCGUUAUUCUGAGCCUGACUUGGCUAUUGACUUUGAUAACUUUGUGUGCUGUUUAGUGCGACUUGAAACCAUGUUCAGGUUUUUUCAAUCUCUGGACACAGAUAAAGAUGGAAUUGUCACUUUUGACUUAUUUAAGUGGUUACAGCUAACCAUGUUUGCUUGAAGAAGAAAAGGAGCCACUCCCACCCAGCCAUUCAGCUUUCUUCCCCAUGUAAUCUCAUCUGCAAGUGCCUUUGCCUUGGGAUAAGGGGAGGGGGGUGUUUCCUCCUCCUUGCUGCCUCUACUCCUUGCCCCACACCUACAGAAGCCUCACUUUGGACAAGGGGACCCCACGCCUAUGCAUGGAGAUACUCUUAUCAGUUCCUACCCUUAUGCCUGGUUGACUUGUCCUUGGAAGCCUUUCUGCACCUUCUCUCAAGCAGCUAAAACCAUUCUGUUUUUAAUUUUUAGUGCAACAUUUUGGUGAGAAACUGCAGAACACAAUGCCAAAGCCACAUAUGGGCCUUCUCAUUCAAUUAUGUGCUCAUUUUUUUAAAUGGAUAAGUACGUCUGAUGCCAAUGGGGGAUGAUGCUACCCUCUUGUAGAGCCCGCCAUGCAGAGUAUCCUAGAAAAUUUGCUGCCUUCCGGAGGUCACGUUUUCUAGGCUCCUUCUCCGCACUUUGCUUUUUGGAUUUGUUCAUGAUUGCUUUGUUAGUGAAGAUUCUAACUAAAGUGCUAAAUAUUACAAUUUGCCAAGGCAACCUCUUCCCCUCCUCCCCCUCCCUUCCUGUCCCUGUAUUACUGGUCUUUACUCUCCCUUCUUCUCCCCUCGCCCACCCCCAGAACUUCCAUUUCAGCCUCUGGCUUUUUGUUUUUAAAUUUCCUGAGACAGACCCCAAAGGGAUUAGGGCUGUAUUUGCAGGUCUCCUUAUAUGAGCCCUUUUCCAUGCUCUUUAUACCUCAGAAUAUACAUGAGAGAGGAACAGUGAGAAAGGGCCCAGCAAACUGGAAUGUAUGCAUUUCAUUCAUGGUGCACUGUGAAAAGCCUUCACCUUAAGAUGGUUGACCUGGGAUUUCUUGUGCCUCAAGACUACAAUAGCCAAACACCUUUCACCUGUUUCACCUUUGCCUUUCCACACUUCUGCAGUUCUUAUCCAAGCUUAAAGUGGCAUGAACAUUCUCCAAAGCUUUCUCUCCCUGAGGUCAAACUGUUCUUGUCAUUUACUAUUUUUUAUAUUCCUGUAUGUGAUAAGCGGAUUUUGAGGUGAUUAGCAUGCUUAUUUAACAUUGCCAGGAGUGUCAAUAUCAGGGAUUAUGUUACACAUACAUACUGAGUAGUUUUAUUUUGUAUUGUAGAAACCGAAUGUUUUAAUGCCAAAAAUAAAUUUUAAAAGUACUAUUAAAA